GCCCGGCAGGUAACAUGGUGCUGGGCCCCGGUUUCACUGGCUGGGUGAGCAGCUCCGUGUCGCCUUUUCCUCUCAUACCUCAGGCUGCCAUGUUUUAUGUGACUCAUCUUUUUACUUCAAGCUACCAGCAGACAGUGUUAGGAAAUGAAAACGCAGACAUAGACAAUAGGUGUGUGGGGAAAAGUUGUCAAGAGUGCCAGCAAGAGGGCGCUUCUGCAGCCUCCACUCGGGUGGCGGGGGCCCGCGCGCAGCGGGGGGAAAAGUGCAGGAAUAGACGCGCACGGCGAGUGGCGAGUGGCAGACGCGCCCUGCGCGCUCGCUUCCCGGGGCGCGUGAGCGAAGCCAGGAAAAAGACCUGAAUCUGUUCACAUAGAUGUUUUAUGCUAUGACAAUCAUUAUUGAAAUAGAGUGUGAAGGCCGUGAGAAGCAGCGGUCUCUCUCUGUUUCCCUGGGGCCACUGUCCCCGGAGAGGGAAUGGGAGCUUUCUGGACCCUGAGAUGAAGGCCUUCUUGGAGGAGAACACUGAAGUCACCAGCAGUGGCAGCCUCACCCCUGAGAUCCGGUUGCGACUUUUGACCCCCAGAUGCAAGUUUUGGUGGGAAAGAGCUGACCUGUGGCCCCACAGCGAUCCUUACUGGGCGAUCUACUGGCCAGGAGGCCAAGCCCUGUCUAGGUAUCUCUUGGAUAAUCCUGAUGUUGUCAGAGGAAAAUCUGUGUUAGAUCUCGGGAGUGGAUGCGGAGCUACGGCUAUCGCUGCUAAGAUGAGUGGGGCAUCGAGGAUCUUGGCCAAUGACAUAGACCCUAUUGCAGGAAUGGCUAUCACACUAAAUUGUGAAUUGAACCAACUGAAACCUUUUCCCAUUUUAACCAAAAACAUUUUGGAUUUGGAACAAGAUAAGUGGGACCUUAUUGUGCUUGGAGAUAUGUUUUAUGAUGAAGACCUUGCAGAUAGUCUUCAUCGAUGGCUGAAGGAUUGCUUUUGGACUCACAAAACUCGAGUACUGAUUGGUGACCCAGGCCGGCCCCAGUUCAGAGGACACAGCAUUCAGCAUCAGCUGCACAAAGUGGUAGAAUAUUCACUUCCAGAACCUACUAAGCAGGAAAACAAUGGACUGACAAUAAGCACCGUGUGGGAUUUCCAGCCCUGAAUUGUCAAAAUGCUUCCAAGUGUGGAUACACCUAUGUUUGAAGAAUGCAGUUCCUGUGAAAUGGCAAAUCUUGUUUCCAAAAUAUGAAGAUUUAGACUUUUGUCAUGUAACUAGUUCUGCAUUAUGCCAAAUAUACAAUUCUUUAUCUGUAAUUUUUUUCUAGUUUUACUGCUAUCGGAAUAUAAUUAUAGAAGGCAGUAAGUGGUAGCAAUAAGUAAAUUGGGGAGAGAAUUAGAUAUUGUAGCUGAGUCGGUUUCUGUAGUUGAGGACAACUAUGUGAUGUGUUGAAUUAAACAAACAAAAAUAUAAAAUAUAGAAGACUAUAGUAUUUAGUACAUAAUAGGGUCUUAAUGGACAACCAGGGAUACCCCAACAUACUCUGUACUGACACCAUAUGCCUCUUUAUGGCUUACUAAGGUUAAUUAGAAAUUGGUUAUGCCACCACUACACAUCCCAGGUUUAUAGAAUCUUACGUAUUAAAAAAAACAAACCAUUAUGAUAUAAGAGAGUAACAAUGUGAAGGAGAAUGUGUUUAGAAUACCACUGUGCAAAAAAGAUGUAUGUAUAUAUUGAGGAAAAGAAUGAAGAUAGGGCCCUUGCCAGUCUGGCUCAGUGGAUAGAGCAUUGGUCCUGGGUUCAAUUCCAUUCAAGGGCAACCAAUCGAUGCAAUGCUUCUCUCACUCUGUCUCUCCCUGCC